UGUUGAAUUAGAUUGAUGGGUAACUCAUAAUAAUCACCUAAAUACAGAAAUAAAAAUGAACAUCUAAUCAGUAUCUAUUUAUAAAUUAUACUUAGAUAUCUUGCCACAAAAAUAACUAAUUGAGGAUACCCUUGAAGAAAGCACUAUUUUUAAUAGUUAGGAUUUAAAGUCUCCAUCUUCAGAAGAACUUAAAUCUACUGCAAGAGGAGAAAUUAGAAAGGUUUCUGAUAUGUCAGAAAUAGAUUAAGGAAAAACAAGAAGUAAGAUAAUUAAAACUAAUAAAUUAAAGGAAAGAAUGUAAUCUUAUAUGAAAACGAAUUGCCUUAAACAUUUGAACUCUUGAAUUAAAUUCCUUUAAUAAAAGUAGAAACAACAAGAUAGUUAUUAAGUUCUUAUGAAUCUCCGUCUGGCCAUAAAGCUUAAGCAUUGAACAGUUAACCGAUUGUUCAAUAUCUUAAGUGUAAUGAAAGACUUAUUUAUCAAGGCCAAUGGUUGAGAUAAUAAAGAGAUGGUUUUGGAUUAUGUUUUUAUUAAAAUGGUUCAAUAUAUGUAGGCAAUUGGAUUAAUGAUUAAAAAGAUGGUCAUGGAAGAAUGAUUUUCGAAAGUAAUGACAAUUAUACUGGAUAUUGGAAAUAAGGAUAGUAUCAUGGAUUUGGAACUUUUAUUAGUUCUGAAAUAUUUUAUGAAGGAAAUUGGGAAGAUGGAGAAAAAGUAUUUUAAAAAUAUAAUUUAGAAUGGUUAAGGAUUAGAAAUAAGACAUAAUAAAUCUAAAUAUGAAGGAAUGUUUAAAAAAGGAAAGAAAAAUGGGUUCGGAAUAAUUAAAUAUAUUGAUAAUUAAUGGUAUAAAGGGGAAUUUAUAGAUGGCCAAUAUGAAGGAUAAGGUGAAUAUUAUUGGAAUGAUGGAAGUCAUUAUAUUGGUGAAUGGAAAUGCAAUAAAAUGCAUGGAAUUGGAGUGUUUACCAAUAAAUCUAAUGAUGUUUAUAAAGGUAUAAUAUUUUUCUAAUUUUAGGAUCUUUUGCUCAUGAUAAAAAGAAUGGAAUAGGAAUGUUUAAAUGGAAUAAUGGAACAAUCCUUAAAGGAAUCUGGGUAAAUGGAUAGUUGAAUGGUUAAGCAACAAUUACUAAGUCAACUGGAGAAUCAAUUAUUUUAAAUUAUAAAAAUGGAUUAAAACUUGAAUGAAUAUACUGAUUAUUA